UUUUCUCUCUCAACUUUGGCUUGCCUGAAGAAAUAGAAGCACAUACAAGUUACUGCUCAAGUUCUCUGUCUCUCUGCUUCCACAUACACGUAAAUAUGGACCAGAUAGAAGAACUAGAAGAAGUGGACAAUAUAGUCCCAGUUAGCAAACUCUCCUGCGAUCACCGCUGCUGUCGAUCGCCGGAUCGCCGCACCCUGGUGUCCACCUUGCAAACCUCCACUGCCGGUCUCCGGAAACCACCUUCAGUUCAUUGGCAGAAUCACUACGACCUUCUUGACUGGCUCUCCUUCUUCUUUGGCUUCCAGGAGGACAACGUUCGGAAUCAGCGUGACCACCUUGUCCUCCACCUCGCCAACCACUACUUGUGCGGCGCUGAAACACCGCAAGACAACGUCAUUUCGCUCGACCCUAGAGCCCUCCUCUGUUUCCGUGAGAAGCUGCUCCAGAACUAUGAGGAUUGGUGCUGUUUCUUGGGGAAGAUGUCCGAGGUAAGGUUGAUUGAUGGUCGUGGUAACUCUGGAACAAAUUGUCAUGAACUUUUGUAUGUCUCUCUCUAUCUCCUCAUCUGGGGCGAGUCCGCUAACUUGCGGUUUUUGCCCGAAUGCAUUUGUUAUAUAUUUCACAACAUGGCAACGGAGUUGAAUAUGGUCUUGAAAGAUCACGUUGAUCAGAACACGGGGUGUCCUAAUUUGCCAGAAAAUUCAGGGGAAAAUGCAUUCUUGAAUGGUGUUGUGAAGCCCCUUUAUGAUGUUGUUCACAUGGAGGUUAUAAAAGGCCGUAAGGGGAUUGACCCGGAUAACGAAUGGAGGAAUUAUGAUGAUAUCAACGAGUACUUCUGGAGCAGAAGGUGCUUUGAGGAGCUGAAGUGGCCUUUGGAUGCGAGGAGUAGAUUUUUCAAGAAUGCGGGCAAGGCUGGUUUUGUUGAACGAAGGUCAUUUUGGAACUUGUUCAGGAGCUUCUAUAGGCUGUGGCUGAUGUUAGUUUUAUUCCUUCAAGCGGCAAUUAUCAUUGCUUGGGAGGAGGAGUACAAGUUCCCUUGGCAGGCCUUGCCAAAUAAGGAGGUACAAGUUCGGGUUUUGAGCGCAUUUGUGACUUGGAGUGGUUUGCACCUUCUGGAGUCACUGCUCAAUUCCGUCAUGCAAUGGGGUUUGGUCUCGAGAGAGACAUGGUGGAUUGGCAUGCGCAUGGUGCUGCGGAAUGUCAUUGCAGUGAUGUGGACCGCUGCUUUGGGAUGGUUUUAUGUAAGGAUUUGGUUACAGAGGAACGAGGACGGGGAGUGGUCUGCUAAGGCUAACAAACGGCUUAUGCUUUUUCUCGAAUUGGCUUUGGUAUCUGUUCUUCUUAAGCUCUCGGCAUUUGCUCUGUCCUAUGUUCCCUCCUUCGACAAUUUCCUUGUUCGGAAGAAUUGGAGGAUGUGCGAGUUGCUGACGAGCCGGACUUUUGUGGGACGUGACUUGAGGGAAGGUACGAGGGAGUAUGCAAAGUAUGCCAUGUUCUGGGUAUUGGUUCUUGCGACGAAAUUUCUUUUCAGCUACUUUCUACAGAUCCAACCCAUGAUUAAUCCUACAAAAGAGUUGUUGCAACUUAGGAAUGUAGAUUCUAUAUGGAAUCAGUUUUUUUACCACAGCAAUGGCCUUGCCAUUGGGAUGUUGUGGUUUCCCAUGGUCUUGAUUUAUAUGAUGGAUUUGCAAAUCUGGUAUUCGAUUUGGACAUUCCUGGUUGGAGUGGCAGUUGGGCUGUUCUCGAGGUUGGGUGAAAUCCAGAACAAUCAGCAUUUGAGGUUGCGGUUUGACCAUUUUGUUCGUGAAGUUGCAAACAAGUUUAAUCUCGUAGGGCAGGAGGAGCUGUUAUACGAGAGGGAGUCAAUGAGAAGCAACAAAUUCAGUUUCAUCAAGUUGUUAAAUCCAAGCAACUGGGUUUCUCCGCGCUUUAAGAAACUCGAUCAUAACCAUAUUUUGGUGUGUAAGUUUGCUGUGAUGUGGAAUGAGAUUAUUAGGACUUUCAGGGAGGAGGAUAUCAUCUCGGAUCGAGUAGUUGAGUUGUUGGAGCUGCCAAAAAUUUAUUGGACAUCCCGUGUUAUAAGCUGGCCCUACUUUCUGCUCUCCAACGAGCUGCUCUUUGCGUUAAGUGAGGUGUGUCGACUGGCAGAUGCUCCUGAUGCUCGGCUCUGGUACAAGAUAUGCAAGAAUGAGUAUAGGCGUUGUGCUGUCAUUGAAGCUUAUGACAGUGUCAAGCAUUUAUUACUUGAGAUAUUAAGAAAUGACGUUGAGGAGCAUUCUAUUGUUACUGCUUUGUUUGGUGAAAUUGAUCAUUCACUGCAAAUCGGAAAAUUCAGUACAAUGUUUGACAUGACUGUGCUACCAAAGAUUCAUGCAAGUUUAAUCCGUCUUGUUGAAUUGUUGAACAGGUCUAAUGUAGAUCCUGAUCAAGUGGCGAGUACUUUACAGGCCCUUUAUAACAUUGUUAUUUUAGACUUUUUCAAGCAAAAGAGAAGCUAUCAACAGUUGAAGGGGGAUGGUUUGGCUCCAUGUAAUCGUUUUCCCCAUGCGGGGUUGCUCUUUCAGAAUGCUGUUCGGUUGCCGAAUUCUGGAGAUGGAAUUUUCAGUCGGCAAAUUCGACGCCUGCAGAUGAUUUUAAAGACUAGGGAUUCGCUGCAAAAUAUUCCCGCAAGUGAAGAGGCUCGAAGGCGAAUUACCUUCUUCUGCAAUUCUCUAUUCAUGGAUCUUCCACGAGCUCCUUCAGUUGAGAGAAUUAAAGCUUUCAGCGUUUUAACCCCUUACUAUGAUGAAGAAGUGCUAUAUAGCAAGGAAGAACUGCUAAAAGAGAAUGAAGAUGGGAUUUCCAUUUUAUUUUACCUGCAGACGAUUUACAACGAAGAUUGGCAGAACUUCAUGGAGAGGAUGCACCGGGAAGGAAUGGGGUCUCCUGAUCAGAUUUGGACAACCAAGCUGCGUGAUUUCCAGCUUUGGGCAUCAUACAGAGGUCAGACGCUCGCUCGUACAGUCAGGGGAAUGAUGAAUUAUGUCAAGGCCCUGAAGUUGCUCGCGUUUCUUGAAUACCAUCCUGAAAUAUAUUUCUCCCAAGGGCUUCAGGAGCCGGGUUCCACAAUGCUAGAUGGCAAUGCAGAUUGUGUCGACAUGUCGAGUUUGCUCUCUGAAGGUUGUGCCUGUGAACGUGGUAUUGCUGUCAUGAAAUAUUCCUAUGUUGUUGCCUGUCAGCAGUAUGGAUAUCAGAAGGCCAAAAGCGAUCCCAAAGCAAAAGAUAUACUGUAUUUGAUGAAAAACAAUGAAGCCCUACGCAUAGCAUAUGUUGAUGAGGUGAGUGGAAGUAGGGGUGAAAAUGAGUAUUUCUCCGUUCUGGUCAAGUAUGACAGACAGUCAGAGCAAGAAGUCGAAAUAUACAGAAUCAAGUUGCCUGGUCCCUUCAAGCUAGGAGAAGGUAAACCGGAAAAUCAGAAUCAGGCCAUUAUCUUCACACGUGGCGAUGCCAUUCAGACGAUUGAUAUGAACCAAGACAACUAUUUAGAGGAGGCGCUUAAGAUGCCGAAUUUGUUGGAGGAAUUUGAGAGACUCUAUGGUACGCGGAAUCCCACUAUUCUAGGUCUGAGAGAACAUAUAUUUACUGGUUCAGUUUCAUCGCUUGCUUGGUUCAUGUCUGCUCAGGAAACAAGUUUCGUUACCUCGGGACAGCGUGUUCUGGCGAACCCUUUGAGGGUUCGAAUGCACUAUGGUCAUCCAGAUGUUUUCGACAGGAUUUGGUUCUUGACACGAGGUGGGAUCAGCAAGGCUUCCAGAAAGAUUAACAUCUCUGAGGAUAUUUUCGCGGGCUUUAAUUGCACAUUGCGGGGAGGCAACGUGACACACCACGAGUACAUCCAGAUUGGCAAGGGGAGGGAUGUUGGGUUGGACCAAAUAUCGAUGUUCGAAGCCAAAAUUGCGAGUGGAAAUGGGGAACAAGCUCUCAGUAGAGAUAUAUAUAGGCUGGGUAGUAAGCUGGACUUCUUCCGGAUGCUUUCGCUCUUUCAUUCCACCGUUGGGUUUUACUUCAACAACAUAAUGGUGAUUUGGACUAUAUAUGCACUGUUGUGGGGGCGGUUGUAUAUGGCUCUCAGUGGCCUUGAAGCGACAGCUUUGGCAGACGAAGCAAACAACAAGAACUUCUUUGGUCCGGUUGUAAAUAUACAGUUCAUCCAACUAAUCCUUUUCACGGGCCUUCCAGCAGUUGUGGACAAUUCAGUUGAGCACGGAAUCCUGUCGGCUUUAUGGGAAUUCUUGGUAAUGCAGCUUCAGCUUUCAUCUGUCUUUUACACGUUUUCUAUGGGAACUCGUAGCCACUUCUUUGGCAGGACAGUUCUUCAUGGUGGCGCAAAGUACCGGGGAACUGGCCGUGGCUUUGCUGUGCAGCACAGGAGUUUUGCCGAGAAUUACAGACUCUAUGCCCGUAGCCAUUUUGUCAAGGCCCUUGAGAUUGCAUUGGUUCUCGCUGUAUACACAAUUUAUAGCCCUUUAGCUAGUGGCGCUUUCUCAUUCAUAGACACGAGCAUUACGGGCUGGUUUCUGGUCGCGUCAUGGAUCCUUUCGCCUUUCAUAUUUAACCCAUAUGGUCUUGAUUGGCUGAAGACGGUUAACGACUUCGACGAAUUCAUGAUCUGGAUUAGGACCCGAAGAGGCCUGUUUGUGAAGUCCACGCAGAGCUGGGAAACAUGGUGGUACGAGGAGCAGGAUCAUUUUCAGAGGACGGGUUUCUGGGGGAAGUUUCUAGAGGUAAUCCUGACCUUGCGCUUCUUCUUUUUCCAAUAUGGAAUCGUCUACCAUCUUCACAUAUCCUCUGGGAGUACCAGCCUUCUGGUUUACUUAUUGUCCUGGAUAUACAUAGCCGGGGCUUUUGCAAUGUUUGUGGUGAUAUCCUUUGCUCGAGAGAAGUUUGCGACCCGACUUCACAUUUAUUAUCGGCUUGUUCUGGGGGUCGCUAUUGCUUUGGUGGCUCUAGCAAUAUGUGCCUUAUUACAGUUUACGAAGUUUAAGCUGAUUGACUUUUUCACUAGUCUGAUGGCAUUCAUACCCACUGGCUGGGGAAUCAUUUCAAUAGCCCAGGUGUUUAGGUCCACCAUCGAAAGAACUAGGCUUUGGGACAUUGUUGUUUCUGUGGCUCGACUAUAUGAUUUCCUGUUUGGAGUGAUUGUCAUGGCGCCGGUCGCUGUAUUAGCAUGGCUUCCCGGGUUUCAGUCAAUGCAAACGAGGAUUCUGUACAACGAGGCGUUUGUUAGGGGAGUCAAGAUAAUCCAAAUACUUAUUGGGAAGCACGUCAAAGGAAAGGGUGACUUGUAAUCCAAGGGGAAUUAGAAUGUGGAAUCACUUAUGAGAUGUUCUCAG